GCGAGCGAGUCCUCGUUCUUCUGUCCGUGGACCAAACACAUCCAGAGGUUCUGCUGGGAUCAGCUGGACGCUGAAGGACCCUCCACUGUCAGGAAGUCCUCUCCCUUCAACAGGACGGUCACUGCAGAUGAUGAGGUGACCUCAGAGCUGCGGUGAUGGAGAACCUUGGGUGUGUGGCUGGGCCCAUUUUCCAGCUGUGGAUGUUCAUGGUGGUGUUCAUCGUGCUUCCCGCCAUGUUCGGCCUUUCUCUGGGGGUCACCGAAGUCUACAUCCAGGUUCUGGUCAAAAUACUCGAGUGGGCCACAUUACGCAUCCAGAGGGGUCGGCAGGAACAGCCCAGCGCCCCAGUCCUUCUGCAUACAGGGAUCAUAGAGCGAGUGGGGGGUUCCAUGGAGGAGGAAAUGUGGCAGCUCCGGUGCUCUCGGCCCGAGGCGGUGGUGGCAUUCUGUUUGAGCGAUGGUGUGUAUUUCUGUAAGAAGGGUCUGGAGAGCAUUGUGGAGGACCAGGUGACGCAGAGAUUUUCCUCAGAGGAGUUAGCUUCCUGGAACCUUCUGACCCGCACCAACCAAAACUUCCACUACAUCAGCCUCCGCCUCACCAUCAUCUGGGGCCUCGGAGUCUUUGUGCGAUACUGCAUCCUCUUACCCUUAAGGAUUGCUCUUGCCUCUAUCGGUCUCUCCUGGCUGGUGAUUGGAACGUGUGUGGUUGGAUUUCUGCCUGAGAGCAGUGCAAAGAACUGGCUGAGUGAGCUGGUCCACCUGACCUGCUACAGGAUCUGUGCCAGAGGACUGUCUGCUACCAUCCACUACCACAACAAAGAGAACAGGCCUCAGAAAGGAGGAAUAUGUGUUGCGAACCACACUACCCCCAUCGAUGUGGUCAUCCUGGCCAAUGAUGGUUGCUACGCCAUGGUUGGACAGACUCAUGGAGGUCUGCUGGGGAUCCUUCAGAAGUCCAUGGUCAGGUCCUGUCCCCAUGUCUGGUUCGAGAGGUCGGAGAUGAAGGACCGAAACGCAGUGACCAGGAGAUUGAGACAUCACAUCGCUGCAAAGACCAAACUUCCCAUCCUCAUAUUUCCUGAAGGAACAUGUGUCAACAACACCUCAGUCAUGAUGUUCAAAAAGGGAAGCUUUGAAGUCGGAGGAACCAUUUAUCCAGUAGCGAUUAAGUACGACCAUCGUUUCGGGGAUGCUUUCUGGAACAGCAGCAAAUACAGUAUGCUUAGCUACCUGAUGCGCACGAUGACCAGCUGGGCCAUAGUGGUCAAUGUGUGGUACCUCCCUCCCAUGUCUAUACAGGAUGGAGAGGAUGCAGCUCAGUUUGCCAACAGAGUCAAGUCUGUCAUUGCUCAUCAGGGAGGACUGCUGGACCUGGCGUGGGAUGGAGAACUGAAGAGAGGCAAAGUGAAGGAUUCCUUGAAGGAGGAGCAGCAGAAGAUGUACAGCAACAUCAUUGUGGGACAAAACAACAUCAGAACCAAGUAAAACACAUGCAGCAAGACCAGAGAGGAUCAAUAAUGCUGGAUCAAUGAAGAACGUGAUCAGCUGUUAGCUUGGAAACGGCUGAAGUAUCAGAAGCUGAAACUGACUGUUCCAUUAGGGAGGACUGUGUUAAUAUUCCACCAGGCUUUUGUUUUCAUAAAAUGUUUUGAAUGUACUUUGAGUUUGCGUGUGCGAGUGUAUGUGUGCGCAGUAAUGUCCAUCCACCAGCAGGGAGCAGUGUGUGAUAACAUAGUCUUUCACUCCUGCUCCUCCCUGGAUUGGAGGACAUGUCCUGUUUCUCUUACAGGCAGUGUCACCACGGUGAUGGUGUUCUUUCUGAGUAAGAAUGUGGGAUGUUAUUUUUAUAGAACUGUAGUUAUAGAACAGAAAAUGAAAAAAAAUAUUUCUCAUAACAAGAAGAAACUGAAAGAUUCUACAUUCAUUGGUUGAUUUUUUUAUUGUUAUUUUUUUUACAUUAUAUUUUCAUGCGAUCGUCACGUAUUCAAUGGUACUUCAGCACUGAUUCCUAACUGUAGGGAUGUGCAAUAGAUUGGGAUUUUUUUUAAAUGACUUCUUUCCUUUUUCAUCCUUUUCAGUACAAAUUACAAUUACGUUUUUUCAUUUUCACACUUUUUAAAUAUGGGAAAUACUUUGUCAUUUUAAGCCUGCACCGCAGAAAGGAUAAAACUGUGGGGAUUGAAAUGGGGGAAAAAAGGUGAAUUGGGACUUCUUUUUUCAGAUAGUUCCAUGUUUAGUUCACAAACCCUGGAAGAUGUGGAAGGUUUAACAUUGGAACCUUUUUUAAUGUUCUGAUUACCAGAAUGUUACCAGAACCAUGUUAAUAAUUAUCAUAAUAAAAUAAAAUGAUUUAUAAUACAAAGAUAAAAAUCACUAAGUACCUUACAGUAAAUUGCAAACACAAUACCAGUAACAGUUGAACAUUUAAAUUACAUGAAAAUUAAAUCCAGAAAUCCUAACAGCGUAAAUUGUAAAACACUGAUGAGAUUCUUCUUGCGUAGCUCAAUAAGUGAACAGCAGGAUUUAAAAAAUAGUCUUAAAACAAGAAUGCUGUGUAUUUACUGAAGAGCUCAGUUUGCACCUGAACAUGAUCAUCACAAAACCUUUUUACGAAGACACAUUAAACGACUCAAUUAGAAAGUUACCACUAACAUGACAAUUAUACUUUUCGCACAUAAGCCUCUUUGAUUUUGAAAUAUUUCCUAAAUUAAAAAUGAAUCUCAUAUCAACAGUUUAAAAUGGCAGUCUGAUUAGUCAAACCAGAUACCUGACUGGACAGCUUUAGUAUGAUAUUCUGACCAAAAAUAGAAGCAUUAAGUGAUUUUUUUAUUGUCUGAGAAGGACAAUAAAAAUCCUGUUUGAUUGGAGAAACGUUAGGUUUUCUAAUCCAGAACACAAUGAAGGGACUGUGAGAUCUGUUCAUUCUGACUGUGGUUCUGCUCUAAUCAAACUCACGCUGUCAACACCGGAUCCUCUACUGGAGAUAUUUCCUUUUAGGAGUGUUGCAACUAAGUAUUUUUCAGAGUAAAAAAGUCAAUUUGCUGUGUAUUCCCAGAACAUUAAAUUAAAAUCUUUAUACAUAAAAUGUUUUUUCUACAAUAAUAUUAAACCUCCUUAUAACCUAAUUGUCCAGAGACUGAAUAUGACAUAUCAAUCGCAUUUAAUAUAAUGAGCGUUAAAUCAUCUUGAAAUUAAGCUCAUUUUAAUUAUGACAACGAGUUAGUUCAUAUUUAAUAAUUGUAAUAAUUCAUAUAACACAGUAGUGAUAAAACAAUACACAGUAUGGAGAAAAUUAUCUAAAAUACUGUGACUUAAAAAAAAAACAGUAAAAGUGCUGUAAACUACUUACAAUGGUGAAAAUAUUAGUGAUA